UACAUUACAAGAAACUGGAAACACUAUAUUCCAAGCAAGCAUCAGUAACCCUGGAUUAACAGAGAAGCUUCCCAGUAGACUUCAACCUUCCCUAUCUCACGCAGGGAUAAACCACCUGCUGUUGGAAAAGCCAGCAGAAAACUUGCUCUUUUUGGAAAACAGCACUUGCAAAGUCCAAAAUUAUACAACCCCUUGCAGAUCAAUUUGGAAGAAGAACCAAAGGAGGUGGCCUACUAGAAGCAGCAGCCAAGGAUUUUGAGGACAAAAUAGAAGAUUGGUGGCCAUGUAAAAUACAAAUCUAGUGCUUGUUAUCAUUAUGAUAGCAACUAUGAUUUACAAAGGCUUAUUACAUGCAGUCUACUAACUCUGUGAAACAGUUUGAGGACAAGAGGAUAGAGCAGUUCUUCCUGAAUUUUACAAAAAAGACAUAUCACCAUCUCUCUUAAGCCUUUUCUUUAGACCUACUUUUUGAGACCAGUGAGGUAAGACAUUCAAGAUGGAAGUAAAUAGAGAAAAUGUAGCAAAGUUGACAGCAAUGACUGAGAUUUAUUUCAAAUUCCAUGGAAACUUAACUGGACGUGCUCACUUUCCAACUCUGGCUACAGAAGUAGACAAAGCAGCAGAUAAAUAUUCUGGCCUCUAUGUCUAUGUGGGAUUAUUCUUAACAAUUCUGGCUAUCCUUCUCAUACUGUUUUUCACCAUACUUUUGCGCCUGAAGCAUGUUGUUUCCCCAGUCACCACCCCUCCAGAGAGCACUGAGAAUGUCCAGCAGUUCACAGAUGUGGAAAUGCAUUUCAGGAUUCCUACCACUUAGAGACCCCCAGGAAAAGAUGUGGUGGAAGAAACUUCUGCCCACCCGUAUGAGCCCUAUAACUUACUGCAUCACCAUCAACAGCAGCACAAGAGGCCUGGUGCCCUGAACUCAGACACUGAAUGGCUGCCACCCACUGGCUGUUAACCGGGCAACGUGUGUGCAAGGCCCUCAAUAAAAGUUAUGUUAUGAAAAUCACUGCUGUCAGACUCAUAUUCCUCUAAAAACCCUACAGAACAUGAUAAAAAGUGUAACCAGGAACGACAAAAAACAAAGAGAUGUAUAUAAGAACAUGUACCGGAGUCUG